UUGGUGUCUGCGGCAGUAUUCAGUCACAAAGACAGUCUCUUCUGAACUUCAAAUUUUGAUGUUUCUUUCUCCCUUUUUUUUUGAUGUUUGUAAUAAGACUUGGCUUCCGCGCAUGCUGUCUAAUUUGUUGCAUGCUACUGUGAGCGUAGCGCAAAAUAAUAUGGAAUCUACAAUUCCACCAUAUGCCGUGUGAUCUUUUCAAUUAUUACAUUACAAUUACUCCAUAACUAAGAAAUAAAAUCGAAUGUCUGGAAGAGACUCAUGCGCCAAAAUUACUGACAAAUAAACCAAUUUUCAAAUCGCAGCUCUUCAUCCUCCAGCCGGCCCUUGCUGGCUCCCUCACCCUUGUCCACCGGCGGCACCGCCGGAAGAAAUAUUAGUUCUGGCAUUUCAUCAAACAGGAAACGGGCGUCGCACUGCUUGGCUAAAUUUUUUUCUGUUUCAUCAUUAAUAUAAUAAUAUAAAAAAAUAACUAUCUUACCUCAUUGCUAACGUCACCGUAAUGACAAUAGCACCUUUCGUCAUCAUUUCGAAUAAAAAAUAAAAACAUAAAAAAUAAAAGAUAAAAAAAAUUAAGUCAUUACUUAUCUUAUCUCUGGUUCGGGAACGCGUUAUGCUUGACCUCGACCAAAUUGUUAAUUGUCCCACCUGACGCUACCGGAUGCUAACGCGGAGCAACCUCGCUAUAACCUCCGAGAGAUUUCCAAGCCUUCACCUUGAAGGCAUUAAUCUCUUUAAGCACGCAUUAAGAGGAUAUGUUCCAGCCCACGAAUCUUCUCGGAGAUUUCCAGCCUCAGAGACUACGGGCUGCCCAGGCCUCUAAGUUGAUUGACAGGUAGUUCUUUUUGGAUAACGUCCAUCACCUGGGUUCAUCGACCACAAAGGAGACAAAAGCACACAUCGACGGAACAGGACAUGAUCUACGGGGAGAUUAGUCACUCCAGCCACCCUGAUCACAAGCUCAAGCUAGAGCACAGGGAGAGACCCUACAACUGUGAUGGGUGCAAGGAACUGGGAUUUGGAUCCCGGUAUACAUGCGAGGAGUCAUGCAACUUCCAUCUCCACAAGGAUUGCGCCUCCCCUGAGAACACCUUCACCCAUCCUUUCUUCCCAGGAUGUCUGUUCCAUUUCCUCGAAAUCGGCAAGCCAGAUCGAUUUUGCGAUGCAUGCGGUCGGGACAUCAAAGGCUACGUCUACCAUUGCUUCACCGAAGGAUGGGACCUGCACCCCAGCUGCGCGCUCCUCCCGCAUACUAUAAACGAUGGUGAGACGAAGCUGGUUCUCCAUCGAGAGGUGACCUCGAGAUGCCACCGGUGUGGGAAGAAGGAGUUGAGGAAGAGUGCCAAAAGCUGGUCCUAUGUGUCGACGUGCGAGGAAUGUCACCUCCAUGUGGCUUGUGUGAAGGAGAUUCUGCUCGAGAAUUGGGAGAAGCAGCACCUCUGCGAUGGCAAGUUCGAGCGCAGAGCCAAGACGGAGAACAGUCUUGCAAUAGAAAGCAGAGACUCGAAGCUCCACAUUGUUCUCCAAAAGAAAGAAAGCAAGCCCGGGAAGCUUGCAAAGUUUACGAAGAUGGUGAAGGUUGCAAUCACUUUAAUCAUGGCUGCGGUAGUCGGAGAUCCCACUGCUCUGGUUGCAACUCUUAUCGCAUCCCUUAUCAACCAUUAACAGGCUCAGACCAUGCGUGGUUGCCAAGAAAGCCUCUCUUGAUUCGUUAAUGGCUUUUUCCUUUUGAUGCUUCCUCUAUUUAUUUACUUAUUUAGUUCAUGGUUUCACAAGAAGACCCGGCUCUCACGCAUGUAUUGUUAUUUUUGUUUCAAGUUGCGGUGUACAUGCUCUUUGUUAUGUAAAUUAAGAUGGACUGUAAUUCUAUGGACCUUCCAUUGUUCGUUACAACAAAAAGUAAUACCAGAGCCCAAAAGAAGAGACUGAUGUCUUACAAA